GGCCCCGCCCGUCCAAUCCAUCUUACUCCGGCGUGGGGGUGGGGGUGGGGGGUGACGCUUCUUGGGAGAAGCAUGGGGCGGGGAUGGGAAAUCCAAGCCUUUGGGGGCUCCCGACAGGUGUUUGGGGCUGAAGGCGGAGCCUGGUGAGGGAGGAUGAGGAGGGAGGGGCGAUGCUGCCCCUUUAAGAGGCGGUGGCGGAGCCGGGACCUUUUCUCUUUCCCCGGAAGGAAAGCGGAGCCCCGGCUGGGCGCGCAAGCCAUGGGCCCCGGCCCCCGCCGCGCCGCCUGCGUCCCGCGCCCGAUGCUCUGCGCGCUCGCCUUGAUGGUGGCCGCCGGGGGCCGUGUCGCCUCUGCCUUCAACCUGGACACCCGAUUCCUGGUGGUGAAGGAGGCCAGGAACCCGGGCAGCCUCUUCGGCUACUCGGUCGCCCUCCAUCGGCAGACGGAGCGGCAGCAGCGCUACCUGCUCCUGGCUGGUGCUCCCCGGGACCUCGCCGUGCCUGAUGGCUAUACCAACCGGACCGGUGCUGUGUACCUGUGCCCGCUCACUGCCUACAAGAAUGACUGUGUGCGGAUGAACAUCUCUGAGAAAAGUGACCCUGAUCAUCACAUUAUUGAGGACAUGUGGCUCGGGGUGACUGUGGCCAGCCAGGGCCCUGCGGGCAGAGUCCUGGUCUGUGCCCACCGCUACACCCAGGUGCUGUGGUCAGGGUCCGAGGACCAGCGACGCAUGGUGGGCAAGUGCUAUGUGCGGGGCAAUGACCUCCAGCUGGACCCCACUGAUGACUGGCAGACGUACCACAAUGAGAUGUGUAACAGCAACACGGACUACCUGGAGACGGGCAUGUGCCAGCUGGGCACCAGCGGUGGCUUCACCCAGAACACUGUGUACUUCGGCGCUCCGGGUGCCUAUAACUGGAAAGGAAACAGCUACAUGAUUCAGCGGAAGGACUGGGAUUUAUCCGAAUAUAGUUACAAGGAGCCAGAGGACCAAGGAAACCUCUAUAUUGGGUACACAGUACAGGUGGGCAGCGCCAUCCUGCACCCCACGGACAUCACGAUUGUGACGGGUGCCCCACGGCACCGACAUAUGGGCGCUGUCUUCUUGCUGAGCCAGGAGGCAGGCGGAGACCUACGGCGGAGGCAGGUGCUGGAGGGCACGCAGGUGGGCGCCUAUUUUGGGAGCGCCAUUGCCCUGGCAGACCUGAACAAUGAUGGGUGGCAGGACCUCCUGGUGGGCGCCCCGUACUACUUUGAGCGGAAAGAAGAGGUGGGGGGUGCCGUCUAUGUCUUCAUGAACCAGGCAGGCACCUCCUUCCCUGCCCACCCCUCCCUCCUUCUUCACGGCCCCAGUCGCUCUGCCUUUGGCUUCUCUGUGGCCAGCAUUGGUGACAUCAACCAGGACGGAUUCCAGGACGUUGCUGUGGGAGCCCCAUUCGAGGGCUUGGGCAAAGUGUACAUCUAUCACAGCAGCUCCAGGGGGCUCCUCAGAGAGCCGCAGCAGGUGAUCCCUGGGGAGGAGCUGGGACUGCCUGGCUUGGCCACCUUUGGCUACUCACUGAGUGGACGGAUGGACGUGGAUGAGAACUUCUACCCAGACCUCCUAGUGGGGAGUCUGUCAGACCACGUUGUGCUGCUGCGGGCACGACCGGUCAUCAACAUCCUCCACAAGACCUUGGUAGCCAGGCCAUCCGUGCUGGACCCUGCGCUCUGCACAGCUACCUCCUGCGUGCAGGUGGAGCUGUGCUUUGCUUACAACCAGAGUGCCGGGAACCCCAACUACAGGAGAAACAUCACCCUGGCCUACACCCUGGAGGCCGACCGGGACCGCCGGCCGCCUAGGCUUCGCUUUGCACGCAGCCAGUCAGCGGUCUUCCAUGGCUUCUUCUCCAUGCCAGACAUGCGUUGCCAGAAGCUGGAACUGCUCCUGAUGGACAACGUCCGCGACAAACUCCGUCCCAUCAUCAUUUCCAUGAACUACUCUUUACCUUUACGGAUGCCUGAGCGCCCCCGGCUGGGGCUGCGGUCCCUGGACGCGUACCCGGUCCUAAACCAGGCACAGGCCCUGGAGAACCACACCGAGGUUCACUUCCAGAAGGAGUGCGGCCAGGACAACAUAUGCGACAGCAACUUGCAGAUGCAGGCGGCCUUCGUGUCGGAGCUGGGGCAGCCUCUGAGCAGGCUGCACUACAGCAGAGACGUCCGGAAACUACACCUGAGCAUCAACGUGACCAACACCCGGAGCAGGGAGCGGGCUGGGGAAGACGCCCACGAGGCGCUACUCACCCUGGAGGUGCCUCCCGCCCUGCUGCUGUCUUCAGUGCGCCCCGCUGGGACGUGCCAGGCCAAUGAGACCAUCGUCUGUGAGCUGGGGAACCCCUUCAAACGGAACCAGAGGAUGGAGCUGCUCAUCACGUUCGAGGUCAUCGGAGUGACUCUGCACACGAGGGAACUCCAGGCGCAGCUACAGCUCUCCACGUCAAGUCACCAGGACAACCUGUGGCCCAUGACCCUGACCCUGCUGGUGGACUACACGCUCCAGGCCUCACUCAGCAUGGUGAGUCACCGGCUACAAAGCUUCUUUGGGGGAACAGUGAUGGGCGAGUCUGGCAUGAAAACUGUGGAGGAUGUGGGAAGCCCCCUCAAGUAUGAGUUCCAGGUGGGCCCAAUGGGGGAAGGGCUGGCAGCCCUGGGGACCCUGGUCCUAGGGCUGGAGUGGCCCUACGAAGUCAUCAAUGGCAAGUGGCUGCUGUACCCUACAGAGAUCACCGUCCACGGCAAUGGGUCCUGGCCCUGCCGACCACCUGGAGACCUUGUCAACCCUCUGAAUCUCACUCUCUCGGUCCCUGGGGACAGGCCACCAUCUCCACAGCGCAGGCGACGACAGCUGGACCCAGGGGGAGGCCAGGGUCCCCCGCCAGUCACUCUGGCUGCUGCCAAGAAAGCCAAGUCUGAGACCCAACUGAGCUGUGGCAGUGACCGCACCCGCUGUGUGUGGCUGGAGUGCCUCAUUCCCGAUAGCCCCGUCAUCACCAAUGUGACGGUGCAGGCACGAGUGUGGAACAGCACCUUCAUCGAGGAUUACAGAGACUUUGACAGGGUCAGGGUAAGCAGCUGGGCUACCCUGUUCCUCCGAACCAGCAUCCCGGCCAUCAGCAUGGAGAACAAGACCGUGUGGUUCUCCGUGGACAUUGACUCUGAGCUGGUGGAGGACCUGCCAGCGGAGAUCGAGCUAUGGCUGGUGCUUGUGGCCGUGAGUGCCGGGCUGCUGCUUCUGGGGCUGAUCAUCCUCUUGCUCUGGAAGUGCGACUUCUUUAAGCGGACCCGCUAUUACCGGAUCAUGCCCAAGUACCACGCGGUGCGGAUCCGGGAGGAGGAGCGCUAUCCGCCUCCAGGGAGCACCGUGCCUACCAAGAAGCACUGGGUCACCAGCUGGCAGAGUCGGGACCGAUACUACUGAUGUCCUCCCCGAUCCCACCCCUGCUCCCCCUGGUGCCCCCUUCUAUUUAUCAUAAGUUAUGCCCCGGACGGUCCACAGGGGCCACUGCCUUUGGCUGGCAGCAGCAGACUCAGGCACACGCACCUCUUCGAGCACGCGCGUGGGCUAUCCGGCCACGGGCUCCCCGCAGGAGGGCCGGGGUCGCGGGCCCUGCAGUGCUCACCGCAGCCCUGGGCCCUGGACACACGCGGGCCCCCCUGCUUGUGGCCUGUGCUUGUGCCCCACGGCUGGCGCGUGGACAUGCGUGGCCCUGCCUCUGCCGGUGCCAAAACCAAGCCAAAGGGCCUCCACCAGAGCCAGGAGGAAAAUGCCCCCGCUGUGGUGACACCUCCCCCAUGCACACUGGACCCAUCUUGAGCCAUAGUCACUGGAUUGACUCUGCUAUUAAGUCUAAAACUACUGACAAGGAACGGCGCGCCGGGCCCCCAGCUCCCGGCACCCAUGCCAGAGGGCGCGGGGGCCUGCCUCAGGUUGCCCCCCGUGGCGUUUGCAGGACUGGGCGUGCUCAGACCCAAGAGCAGAGUGAGCUAGAAGGAAGGCCCCCGAGAUGGCUUUCCUUCACGGACCUCUGUGAAGCCUCUCUCCUCGGCCACGGCCCGCACUGGCGAGGAGAGCAGUCUGGAGGAACAAAGAUGGGCAAAAGCCGCCGGCCAGCUCGACAGGUGGCAGCGGGACUGCCCUGGGAACUCAGUGGAACGCUCAGCAGAGGAGGGGACCAGUCCGGGCCAAGGAGAUGUUGGACGUAGAGAGGAGAUACCACUUCUUACCCACCACUACUGCGCAGGCCUCUGAAGGCCUGGAGAGACCAUCCCCCCCCCCCCCCAACACACCCAAGAUCACAGAGGGAGCGACACUUGAAUGUAGAACAGGGAGGGAGCCCUGGCCCUGCCCCCUGGGCAGAACCUCUUCUGCCCUCACUGACCAUGGGGAGGGGACCUAGAAGGAGAGUUCUUGGCUGUCCUUGGCUUUCUCAGAGCCAACCUAGCUCUGCCUCCUCCCCCGAGGGUAGGUCCUGAGGCCCAGUCUAGAAGUUGAGGCCGGUUCCAGGGAACCUCUCCUGACCCCUGCCACUUGGCGGUUCCCUUUUCCAGUCCCUGUCCCCUUCCAUGGUACUGUAGCGGGAGGCUCCCUCCCCCUCCUUGUGCCUUCUUUGUAUAUAGGCUUCUCAGGCGACCAAUAAACAGCUCCCAGUUUUUA